CGAAGUAGUUACUACUCACUAAAAACAUUGUUUCCCUUCCUUCCGAUAUCUGAAUUGCCUACAGAGAGAAAAAUAUUGGCUACUCUCAAACAUAACGCGAUCAUUUCUCUUUUCUCCACUCACCGCUGCAUCGGAACAGUCUCCUCCACUGAUCCGUCAUGGACAACUCUGUUCGAAUCUAACAUCAAAACCUCGCUCCUUUCACCUGUUUCGACUUCUCGUUUCCCACGCUUCAAUUUGGGCGUAAUCACACGGAUUCGACGUUUCUGUGUGCUGUGCUUACAAUUGCCGCGGCUUGUUUUUGCUUUCGUUAUGGAUUUUAUUUCUCAUUUUGUUAUAGCUUUAGAGACCUAACCGAUCUAUGCCGGUUGUUAAGUCGGUAUCUGUGUAAAAUGAGCUUUGAGAGGGCUUUUGUAUGGACAAUCUACAUGAUCUGCAAGCCUAAUGAAAUUUAACGGUGUUGCUAUCUUUGAAAUUACUUCGUUAAAAAGUAACUUGAACAAUUUGUGUGAUGUGAGUGAGGAGCUGUGUGUGAAUUCUGUGAGAGGUUUCAAAGUUUUGUUUAUGUGCAACCUUGAUUUUUAUUGUUUUUGUUUCCCCCUUUGUUUUUGGUUUACUUCUCUACUUACUUUUAUAUGGAUUGACUGAGUGGAACUAUGAAAAAAGAAAUUCUUAUGGCUUGUUUGAAACUUUGACGAUCAUCCCCUGACGCUAGCUAUUGUAUCUUUUGAAUUAAAGGCUGCAAUUUACUCACAUCUGUACCCUUUGGAGACACUUCCAAACACGCAAUUAAUGAGUUUAAUAAUGAAUCUUGUAUCAAUUAGCUAGCUGCUGUGCUUCAACUGUUUCAACGAGAUAGUUAUAUAGAGUCUAAAAAAGAGGUAAUUCUCAAGAUGUGGUUGUGCCACCGGUUGAAGGUGUUGCAGGAGGUGGUACCGCUUAUGGGUGGAAUGAUGGUGGUACACUUGGCUUGAAUGUCAAGGGACCAGUUGACCCAACAGAAAUUCCAACUAGGGAUUUAGUUCAUGUAUGGUGCAUGCCAAACACAGCAAAUAUUGGACCUCAAGAUAUGGCCAGACAUUUGGAGCCUAUAAACCUGCUGGCAGCUAGAAAUGAGAGGGAGAGUGUGCAAAUAGCUAUCCGACCAAAGGUUUCAUGGGGUGGUGCUAGUGCUGCAGGGACUGUGCAGAUUCAGUGCAAUGACCUAUGCUCCACAUCUGGAGACAGACUGAUUGUUGGGCAGUCACUACGGUUGCGGCGGGUGGUGCCCAUUUUAGGUGUACCUGAUGCUCUUGUCCCUGUUGAGCUUCCAGUCAGUCAAAUAAACCUAUUUCCUGGGGAGACUACUGCUCUUUGGAUAUCUAUUGACGUUCCUAGUUCUCAACCUCCAGGACAAUAUGAAGGAGAAAUUCUCAUUACUGCCAUAAAAGCAGAUGCAGAAUCUCCUUUUCAAAGUUUUAGCAAGGUUGAGAAACAUCAAUUAUAUAGGGACCUAAAGGGAUGUCUUGAUGUUGUUGAGCCAAUUGAUGGAAAACCGUUGGAUGAAGUGGUUGAAAGGGUGAAAUCUGCGACUGCAUCUUUAAGAAGGAUUCUUCUGUCUCCAUCAUUUUCUGAAUUCAUUUCAGAUAAUGGACCACUAGACAUAAUGGAUGAGGAUGCGAUUUCAAAUCUCUCUAUACGGGUGAAGUUAAAUCUGACUGUUUGGGAAUUCGUACUUCCUGAAACUCCCUCGCUCCCUGCUGUAUUCGGUAUAUCGGAUACUGUAAUUGAGGAUCGAUUUGGUGUUCAACAAGGGACAGCUGAGUGGUAUGAGGCAUUGGAUGAACAUUUCAAAUGGCUUCUUCAAUAUAGAAUCAGCCCGUAUUUUUGUAAAUGGGCUGAUGGUAUGCGUGUUUUGACAUACACAUCUCCAUGGCCAGCGGAUCAUCCAAAGUCAGAUGAAUAUUUUUCAGAUCCACGGUUGGCUGCAUAUGCUGUACCAUAUAAACAAGUAAUCUCCGGUAAUGAUGCCGCGAAGGAUUACUUGCAGAAACAAGUUGAGAUAUUGAGAACCAAAACUCACUGGAGAAAAGCUUACUUUUACUUGUGGGAUGAGCCACUGAACUUGGAACAAUAUGAUUCUGUUCGCAAUAUGGCUAGUGAGAUUCAUGCGUAUGCUCCAGAUGCUCGUAUUUUAACUACUUACUAUUGUGGACCAAAUGAUGCACCUCUUGCACCUACUCCAUUUGAGGCUUUUGUUAAAGUUCCAAGUUUUUUGCGUCCUCAUAAUCAAAUUUAUUGUACAAGUUACUCUUGGAACCGAUGUAUACUUUGUGAAUGGGUUCUGGGCAAUCGGGAAGAUCUGGUUAAGGAUAUCAUUGCUGAAUUACAACCAGAGAAUGGUGAGGAAUGGUGGACAUAUGUCUGUAUGGGACCAUCAGAUCCUCAUCCAAAUUGGCAUCUAGGAAUGCGAGGUACCCAACACCGUGCCGUUAUGUGGCGUGUGUGGAAAGAGGGUGGCACGGGAUUUUUGUACUGGGGGGCCAACUGCUAUGAGAAAGCAACUGUAGCCAGCGCAGAGAUAAAAUUCAGGCAUGGUCUACCCCCUGGAGACGGAGUCCUAUACUAUCCCGGUGAGGUGUUCUCAACUUCUCAUCAGCCAGUGGCUUCUCUUAGACUAGAACGCAUACUUAAUGGCUUGCAGGACAUCGAGUACCUGAGACUAUAUGCUUCAAGAUACGGUAGAGAUGAAAGUAUUGCACUUUUGGAAAGGACGGGAGUGUACUUUGGUCCUGAGCGUUACACAUUUGAGCAUAUGCCGAUUGAUGCAAUGAGAGGGCAAAUAUUUAAUGCCUGCCGUUCAUAAAUUGGGUAUUUAGAGAUGCUGCUUGGUCGAGUGCUUCAUUUGCCGAUAGCUGAAAAGUUCAAAUUGAGCAUCUUAAGCAUCCAACCUCUAAAGAUGCGACAACAUAAUUAUCGAGUGAGAUCCUUGGAAUAUCAGACACACACGUCUACCCAAUUUGAACUCCUAGAUAUGAAAUGUUAUAGUGAUAUAUAUACAUAUACAGCAUCUGAAACGUACUUAGAUGAGAAAUCUGUUGUUCAUAAUGUGCCUUUCGAGAGUACAUAGGACCAUAAUCUAUUACAGUUAAUGUUGCAGUGUGGGGAUGGUAUAUUUUGGUAGACUUGCUUAUUUUAACAUGCUUGGUAGACAUUUUUAAUUGAUACUGUAAACUAGUUGAACUAACAAGAGAAAUGCUAAUAAUGUACUUAUUUUUAUAUGAA